GAACAGGAACAUCGAAUUUUAGACAAAAAAAAAUUAUGUAUAAAAAUUUCUGAUAACUUGCUCCGUGUUAUUAUUUACAAAAUGUGCAGAUUGCAAGGGAGGUAACUAUGUAAUUGUAUUCAAAGAUUAAAAUUUGCCUCUCCCUUUAACCCAAACUUUAAUUCCCACUUUCUCUCACGCGCGCGGUGUAAGCAAAAACGAACCAAUACUAUUAUACACGGCUGAAUUGGAUGCCAGAUUCGCAGAAGCUGGCACAGUAAUGCGCUAGCUCCAGCAUUCGAUCCUCAGAAGAGAGGUUGGCAAAAGAACCACACUCGCUAUUUUCCGUACAAUUUCCAUGCCUAUACAUAACUACGGUCAUGGAUGUUAGUGAUAGCCAAAAGAAUACGAUUGCGAAUAUAAGGUUCCUCCAAAAGAUCUCUGGAGUAACGUUACUCAACGGUGUGUUGAUCAUCCAGGUCAAGUCACUACUUCCUCUCAGUGACAGAGUGAGGAAACUGCAUUACGCCAACGUCAAUGAAAUCAACAGAGUUUCUUAGAUAUCUGGUCUGCAAAAUGGAACUUUUUGAUAAUUGUUACGUUACAUAUAUUUGUGGUACUAAUUUGAAUAUUAAAAUAGCUCUUUCCCAUUACCAGAUUUUCUCACAUUUAAUGAUAAAAUAUACCAUAAUUUGUAGGUAAAUCCACAUAUGAUAGGACUAUAUAAAACUAAUAAAAAUAGAUUUGAUACUUUAUUUAGCAAAAUAAAACGGCACAAAUGCAACUGAAAGGUAAGAAAUAAGUUUGGGAUGUCACAGCUUGUAACUCCAUUGCUCCCUCCCACAUCUUAGAAGCUGCGGUAAAUGCGAGGGUUCACUGCUUCUGCAGCUGAACGGAACAAAACCCUUAAGUAUCGGUAUUUGUUAGAGAACCAUUUCUUCCAGCCUGUGGCGUUUGAGACGUUUGUAGAGACUGGGCUGCUAACAGCGAAGUUCUUUGUCAUCAUUAGCAGCUCGCCUCACCGGGAUGGGAUAUCAGGUGGAUGCCGGUGAGGGUGCUUGGCUGUUCCAAUGCCUUGGCCUAGCCGUCACCCGUGAUAAUGCUAUGAGCGUGUUGGCUUGCUUCGUUGAACCUUGUGGUGUGUGACCAGUUGGAGCACUUAGUGUUGAAUUGAUGUUUUUUUUUUCUUUCUCUUCGCGCAUGGUUGUUUUCUUCGGUUUGGGAUUUGCAUUUUAAUGUGGUUUUGUAUUAUAUACUUGUUGUAUAUAUAAUUGUUAAAUUAUCUAAAUUUUCAAUAAACUACAUUGCCAGGAUGUUAAAUUUCCCAGUUGUAUGUGCGAGUGCUUUUAACGUUUCUUGUGAAGUACACGAUGAUUAAAUUUGUGGCAGCCGUAAAACUACGGUAUUUUCCACUACACUAUCAUAUAAAAUAAAGGGGUUCCAUGGUAAAAUCAAAAUAGGACGAAAUGGCAACAUCAGAAGAAAAGAACUGAACGAAAACGUACGGCGAGAGAAAGAAGCGGAAGUUAUUCUCCACCAAAAAGUAAAAAUAUGUUAUGUUGUCAUAACAACUUAAUUACCCACCGCCACUAUCAUUGUCCCAGGUGUAUAAAACAACGUUGUUAUAGCAGCAGCAAAGCUGUCCUUUAUAAUGCACUGUUAAAUUUUUUUAUCGUCACUGGUAAAACAUGAAGGAAAUAUGAAAUAUGACACUAGCUGAAAAGGUGUCCGCUACAAAAUAUCCGACAAAACAGUACUUCAACUUUUGUGAUUUAUUAAUAAAAAUCUGAUCACUUUGGAAAAGUUUUUAGAUAGUCAGUUAAACAAUGGGUAUGUUCUUCACUUUAUUCCUGAAACUCUGUAAAGAAAAGCAUCUUAAGCCAGAUUCUGAGCUUUUAGAAAGACUCCCACGAAAUGACACCUUGUUGCUUGACUUGUCUCAUAUGAGUAUCUGUGCUGACAUGUGUGGUAUCCUUGGCAAAGCUCUGUCUUUUGAUGAAACUAUCAAUGAAUUAAGAUUCUCAGACUGUAUGAUAUGUCCAGAAGGAAUGCAAGCAAUUCUUCAUGGAUUGGCCUCCAAUACUUCUGUUAGAAAACUAAACCUAAAAGGAAAUCAAAUAAGAGGUAACACUGUUGAAAGUUUGGGAUACUUGCUUCGAAACAACAACUAUUUGACCAGUCUUUGUCUUGAAUGGAAUGACCUUGGCAUACUGGAAACACCAUUCAUUGUAUUUUGUGAUGGUCUUCAAGCUAACUGCAACCUCAAGCGACUUGAUAUCAGAAAUAACCAGGUCACCCACCAUGGAACCAAACAGCUGGCAGAAGCAUUAUCAACAAACAAGACCCUUCAAGUCAUUGAUUUAAAAUGGAAUAAAGUUGGUUUAACAGGUGGGCGUGCCCUGCUUGAUCUUCUUCAUGUUAAUAAAACCUUGUUAAAAAUAGACUUAGCUGGUAACGACAUUCCUUGUGACAUUGUUUCCUCCAUUGAGUCUUCUCUUCUGUGCAAUCAGAAGCUUCAGCUUAUGAAAACCAACUGUAAACAUAAAACACAUAUUUUGUGUAAGCAGUAUCGACAUCUAGAAUCUGAAAAUAAAAAGCAGGUAUUAAAUUUGAUGGACAAAUUAUCCUGCACACAAGAGUACUUAAAUCACGAAAAACGGAAUUCAGGCCAUCAGUUAAUGCAACUGAAGGAAACGCUCAAAGAAAAAAAUCAAGCAUUUAAUGAACUCUUCUCUAAGUUUACUCAAACAGAUACAGAGUUAACUCUUAUGAAAGAGAAGUCUUCCAGUCAAGAAGAAUGUAUAAAGAAGUUACAGGAACAACUUUCUGGCUUGAAAGCUCAAUUUCAAAAAGAAUUACAUCAAGAAAGAGAAGAUUUUCGUAACAAAGAAAAAAACCUAGUUAAAGAUUUGAGUGAAGCCAGCAGUAAAAGCAUUCAACUGGAAUGUAAGCUAUCUGAUUCCGAAACCAAAUGCCAUGCACUUCAGGAGCAGGUCUUUGAACUGAAAGAACAUAUUGCUUGUUUACAUUCAGAAAUAGAAUUAAAAGAAGUUCAAAAUAAAGAUAUGUUAGAACAAAAAAGAAAUGAAUUCAAUGAGAAAAUCAAACACUUCGAAGAAAUUCAAAAGAAAGAGCAAUUACAGCAAAAAGAAUCCUGGGAGAAUUUAGAGAGCAACCUUCGAAACCAGAUCCAGAAAUCAGAGCAAAGCCGUUUGGCACUUGAGGAGGAUGUUGCUUCUCUGAAGACUGCAAAUAUUGCCUUAAGAGUUAAAGCAGAAGAAGAUAUAGCUAUUCUCAAGGCUGGCAUAAAGACUGAUAAUGAUCUACGUUAUGAGCAGCUUCAAAAUAAAAUAUUUCUCAUUGAAAGUUCCAAGGAAGACUUUAAAAAGCAAUGGGAAACUUCACAGCAACAACUGAAUGAUAUGAACAAUAAAUUAGCCAGGAAAGAAACAGAGAAGGAAGCAGAAACUGGAAAAUACAAGAUGGAAAUUAACCAGUUACACAGCAAAUUAGAUGCAGAAGCUCAAAUCCAGAGAGAACUGAAAAACAAACUGUUAGAAAUGGAACAAAAGUUGUCUGAACAUGAUAACAUUUACAAAGUAAUGAUGAAAAAACAUGAAGUAGAGUUGGCAAGCUUACAUGAACAACUUCGUACAAAAGGUAGCCAAUUAAAUUGCCUUUGCGAUGAAGUAACACAGCGAGCUCAGUCUUUACAAUCAGCUGUAUCAAUCACCAGGACAUCACUUUCCUGAAACAUUUUUCACUAAUCCAUAAAAGAAUUUACCAUAAUUUUUUCUAUUCCAUAUGUUUUUACUUGAUUAACAAAAAAAAAAAAAAAAAAAAAAGAACUUUAAUUAACAUUUAGUUAUUUAAAGACAGCCAUUUCCCCUCUCCACCAAUUCAAUAAUAUUUGCAUUACUGUUGACUUUGCAUUUCAUUGGUUUGUUGAUUUUUCCUAUUGUAGUUAAGUAAGUAUAUCUGGACCAGUUAAUCAUCUUGUGACUAUAUUUCUAAUGAAAUACUUUGUGUUUUAAUUAAUUUUCAAAAUAAGCAAGAAUUUAAUUUAGCAAAGAUUUAGUAAAUUAAUACUUUGUCAUUACAAAUUUGGUGUUUGGAACAUAAAAGAAUUCUUAUAUAAAAUUUUUAGAAGUUGGUUUUAAAUUAGAUAUGAACAUUUUAAAACAUCAUUUUCUUUCAUUGUAAUAGGGGUGGUUUCAAGCGAGUUAGUAUCAAAGCAGUUAAAUUAAACUUUACUGUUGUGUACAACCUGCUGAGCACACAUAUCUGUAUAUAAAUUAAUAUUUUCAUAACAUUCUAUAUCAGUUAGUUUAUUGUGAGACACAAAGUCUGUGACUCUUGGCCCAUCAAUGUCACUCACUCCAUAACAUUGAAACAUAUUUCUUUAUGAAGUUUUUCACUGUUUUCAUAUUUAAACAUCAUCGAUAAUAAUAAGGGGUAAAAUAAGAAACUGAUGACUAAAAUGGGAUCCUUUUUAGUUCUCAGAAAUAUCUGAGGUAAGUUCUUUGAGAGAUCUUUUAGGAUAUAUUCUGUGGCAAUAAGUCAAAGUCAAAUUAAAAUGGAUAGAAAUCAUGUUGAUGGGAAAUUAGAUUCUGAUUAAUUUAUCUUAAAUAAAAAGAAUAAUAUAGACCAAUACACAAAUGUUUCAAAGAUAUAUUUAAGAAAUCAUGAUAAUUUGUUGAUUCCAAAUAAUUUUUUCUCUUUUUUUAAAUUAAGUAUUUGUCAAAUAAAAAUUUUACAGAUUUAAAAUAAAACUGAGGAAAAUUU